CUUCCAGGCUAGACAGGCAGGCCCAGAAGCCAGAUAGUCCAGGAACAGGCCCAGCACCAGGGACCCUGGAGAUGCUGCGGCUGCUUCUGCCCCUGCUGUGGACAGGGUCGCUUGGGAAGGAUCCAGGGUACAAACUUCAAGUGCCAGAAUCGGUGACGGUGCAGGAGAACCUGUGCGUCCACGUGCCCUGCACCGUGACCUACCCCCGAGUUGGCAGGUACAACUUGACCCCUGUUUAUGGCUACUGGUUCCUGAAAAAGAAUAAUCUCACAGAACUCAUGGCCACAAACAAGAAAAUCAAGAAAGUGAAAAAGAAGGCCAGAUUUUCAUUCUACUUCUCCGGGGGCCCUGGGGACAACAACUGCUCCCUGAGCAUCACAAACGCCCAGAGGAGCCACCGAGGAAAGUAUUACUUCCAACUGGAGAGAGGUCUUGUGAACCACAGUUACUCAAGUAACCUCGUCAUGGUGGACGUGACAGAGCUGACACAGAUCCCCGACAUCCGCGUCAAGGAGCCCCUGGAGUCGGGCUGCCCCGCCUACCUGACGUGCUCCAUGCCCGGGGCCUGCGAGCCCCUCACCAUCACCUGGACGGGGGCUGUCCUCAGACCCCUGGGGCGGGACCAGGCGGCCUAUAACUCCUCGGAGAUCCUGCUCACCCCUCGCCCGCAGGACCACGGCACCAACCUCACCUGUCGGGUCACCUUCCCCAGGACUAGUGUGAGCAGGGAGAGGACCCUCACGCUCAACGUGUCCUACGCUCCACGGAACCUGACCAUCAGCGUCUUCCGAGGAAGCCCCAGAGAACUGGAACACGUGGGGAACGGCUCAUCUCUUCCAGUCCGGGAGGGGGACUCGCUGCGCCUGCUCUGCGUCGCGGACAGCAACCCUCCCGCCACACUGAGCUGGGCCCGGGGCAGCCGGACCCUGAGCCCCUCCCAGCCCUGGAACCCGGGGGUCCUGCAGCUGUCCCGGGUGGAGUCGGGGCACGAAGGCGAAUUCUCCUGCCGAGCUCAGCACCCGCGGGGCUCUCUGCGAGUCUCCCUGCAUCUCUCGGUGCACUACCCCCCACGGCUGCUCGGACACUCCUGCGCCUGGGAAGACGAGGGUCUGCGCUGCAGCUGUUCCUCCCGAGCCGAGCCGGCCCCCUCGCUGCGCUGGCGGCUGGGGGAGAGGCUGUUGGAGGGGAACCCCAGCACCGCCUCCUACACUAUCACUUCCAGCUCCGCGGGGCCCUGGGCCAACAGCUCCCUGAGCCUCCGCGCGGGGCUCAGCGCUGGCCUCAGGCUCAGCUGCGAGGCUGAGAAUGUCCACGGGGCCCAGAGCGCCAGCGUCCUGCUGCUGCUGCUGCCAGGGAAGCCCGAGCUGGGGAAACCAUUCCUCCUGGGGGCUGCCGGGGGAGCCGGCGUCGCUGGCCUGCUCAGUCUCUGCCUCUGUUUCAUCUUCUUCAAAGUGAAGACCCGCAGGAAGGACAUGCCUGAGGCUGCAGCUGGUGGGACGGAUGCCCCCUCCCUGCGGGGUCCCACCUCCCGGGGUUACCAGCGUAAGUGCCCACCAGGCAGCCGCAGAGACCACUCGGCCCCGGCGGCGGCCACGCCCACCUCGGGGGAGGAGCACGAGCUCCAUUACGCCUCGCUCAGCUUCCAAGGGCUGAGUCCCUGGGAGCGUCCGUACGAGGAGGCCGCCAGCAGCACCGAGUAUGCCGAGAUCAAGAUCCGCGAAUAAGGACCCCCAGCUCCGGCGACCUGUGGCUGGAGGACCCAGGACUUCUCCGGGAAGGGAGACAUCAGAGACAAUUGCUGAGAACGAGCCAACGACAACUGUGCGGGUGUCCCAGUGGUGAGGUGAUGGGCGGAACUGGGCUCGAAUUUCAGCCCCAUCACCAAUCAGGAGCACGAGUUCGAGCACGUCACUGUCACUUCUCAGUGUCCCCUCUGUAACGUGGACACGAGAAACCUAACUCGUAGGGCUGUGGUGGGGCGUCGACGCAACAAUGAACAGUAAAGCGCUGGACAGGUGCGCGUGCGCAGAGGUCCCCGCGCCUGAGGUCACGCGUCUUCUCAGGGCAGCCCGCCUGGAAUUAGGGUCCCGGCAUCCUGAUGGGGACCAUUCUGCAGAGCUGCUUCAGCUCCAGGGCUCCCUGAAGGCCUGGGCAAGGCUGUCGCUGGGCGGCAAUGCAGCUCCGCCCCGCCUGCCUGUGACCCCUCCCCUCCAUAGGGACCACCUCCCGGGCAUGGCCGCUGCGCACUGGUAUCUCAGAGCGAGCUUCCUAGAAACCCCAUUUGUGUUUUGUACCACACACACAAAAAAUCAUUCACUGAUGACCUGAACUAAGUGUUAGCUUAUCUAAUCACACACCUCUUUCUUUCAUUCUAUGCCCCUGACACUUUAGUUCUCCUUAACCAUUUCUUUUUGCAGAGUUUGCUUAUAAAAUUCCUUGCCGUUACA